CCCGGAUAUAGGUGGCAAUGAAUUGGCGUAUGCGGACGUGAGUAGAUUUUCUUGCAAACAACCGGAGGACAUCUUGGAUGCGGUAUCCAGUUCUUAUAAUACUUCAGUUUACGUGACAUAUUGAUUCAUUUUGUUAGCUAGGUAGCUAGCUAAGCUAACAAACCACUACGAAUAUUAGAUUGCAGUAAAAUCAUAUGCCCUACAGUCUUUUUUUGAAAUCAUAACAAAGAAAUGUCUGGGAGCGCAGGAGAAUGGUGUCUUAUGGAAAGUGAUCCUGGUGUUUUCACAGAAUUGAUCAAAGGUUUUGAUGGGCAACAUUGAUGGAGGUGGGGGCAACAAAAAACGGAACUCGUCAUGAGAGGCCGCAGUGGGUCUGCAUAUCCUUAUCCCCCCCGUGACAGCUAAGAUGCAUUUCAUUUUUAAAGUUAAUUUCCUGCAAUUCUACACAUUUUACAAUUGGGGGGAGACGAUUUUGCAAUUUUAUAACUAAUUGAAUGCAAUUUUACUCAUUUUGCUAUAGGGCGGAGGCAAAUGUUUCCAGUUUUUAAUGACAACUGAUGAUCAAUGGGCCCCACCCCGGUCGGUUGUAAAGGAGCUCAGGUGGAAGAAAUAUGGAGUAUGGAACCAGAGAACUUUGAAAACCUCAAACCAGUUCAUGGGUUGAUCUUCCUGUUCAAGUGGCAACCAGGUGAGGAGCCAGGAGGAUCUAUCGUUCAGGAUUCAAGGCUUGACAACAUCUUCUUUGCCAAGCAGGUGAUAAACAAUGCAUGUGCUACCCAGGCCAUUGUGAGCGUGCUGCUGAACUGUACCCACUCUGACAUGCUGUUGGGAGAGACACUCACAGAGUUCAGAGAGUUUUCACUCAGCUUUGAUGCAGCUAUGAAAGGUCUGGCUCUCAGCAACUCUGAAGUUAUUCGACAAGUUCACAACAGCUUUGCCAGACAGCAGAUGUUUGAGUUUGACGCCAAGUCUUCAGCAAAGGAUGAGGAUGCGUUCCACUUUGUGAGCUACGUCCCUGUCAACGGCAGGCUCUAUGAGCUAGACGGCCUACGUGAAGGACCCAUCGACCUCGGUGUAUGCAACCAGGACGAUUGGAUCAACGCAGUUCGGCCAGUGAUUGAGAAAAGAAUACAGAAGUACAGUGAGGGAGAGAUCCGCUUCAACCUGAUGGCCAUUGUGUCUGACAGGAAGAUGAUUUACAAGAGGAAGAUAGCCGAACUACAGAUCCAGCUAACAGAGGAAGAGCCAAUGGACACAGACCAGAGCAGCACCCUCCUCAGCUCCAUCCAAUCAGAAAUCGCAAAGUAUCAGCUGCUGAUCGACGAGGAGAAUCAGAAGCUCCAACGAUACAAGAUCGAAAACAUCCGAAGAAAGCACAACUACCUACCCUUCAUCAUGGAACUACUGAAGACACUGGCAGAAUACCAGCAGUUGAUACCAUUGGUGGAAAAGGCAAAAGAGAAGCAGAGUGCCAAAAAAGUCCAGGAAGCAAAGUGACCCCACAAACACACGCUCUUGUCAGUCAUCUUAUUCAUGUGAAAGGCCAUGGACCCUCUCCACACAAUUGUAUCCUGUGACCCCCGCCAGACACGAGCACAGGCGGUGGGACAGAGAACUGUGUUGACUGUCCCACCCAGGUCUACCCUUCAGCUGUAAUGCAUGCCUGGAAAGAUAUGUUUAAAUGGGCUUGUCUUAUUUUCAUAAUAAAAUGUUUAGAUGUUUGAA